AUGGCAUGUUACAUCUAUAUUGGCAAAGUAAUAGACAAGGGUCUAGCGAUGCUGGCUGACAAUGUUCCCGAGGCGACGAUCCUUGUGGACGGAGGCCGGGAGGACGAGGGAGGUCACGAGGUCACGGAGGGAGACGGGGUCACCUUCAAGUGCGUUGUCUCGGCUGACCCUCCCGCUUACAAUAUCACUUGGCUUCAUAACGGGCGCGUGGUCACCGCAGGCGGCCGACGGUGGCAGCCCGACAACAGCACCCUGUCCGUCACCCCCGUCACCAAGGAGGACGCCGGCUUGUACACCUGCCUGGCGUCGAACACGGAGGGCGACGGACACUCCAACGCCGUGCUGCUGCGAGUGGCCCACAGACCGCAGUGCUCGGAGCGAACGGAGCGCCACCUGGUCGUCGCCACCAACGCCUCGGUGACCCUGAGCUGCCAGAUGGAGGCCCUGCCGGAGAACGUGAGCUUCACCUGGACCAUGGCGCCCGUCGCUCCUCGACCCCGCCCACGAGAAGGACAUGGUGGGCGUGCGGGGCGGCAUCAUCACCGGCGACGCGCCUCACCCCACCACCCGGGGCUCAUUGACCUGACCCCCGGCCACCCCCCGUCUUCCGACCCCCACAGGAAGGACCCCGCGCGCCCCAGCCGGUCCACCGUCACCUUCAAGCCCUCCGCGCCCGUGCAGGUCUUCUGCUACGCCCGCAACCGCGUCGGCCGAACGCGCGUUCCCUGCAGCUACACGCUCACCCUCGUCGAUCCUCCACAACCGCUGAAGAAGUGCAACGUCACCCUGGCAGCCCAGACGCGACUCGAGGUCAGAUGCGAGGAGGACACGAAGGCUCCUGAAGGGACGAAGCAGCGGCAGGACACGCCCCAGGUCCAUCACUCCCCGGGGAUAAGUUUUGUCAGGUCGUCCGAGGUAUGGUCGAGUGGCACCUUGAUCGCCAACGUGAGCGAGGACCGUCCCGUCUUCGUGGUGGAAGGGCUUCCUCCGUCAGCCUCCCUCAAGCUGGCCAUGUACGCCGUCACGCCCCACGCCCGCUCCAAGCCGCUCUUCCUGCACGCCCGCACCCUCCCGCGGCCGACGCUCAGGCCUGUGGAAGUCUCCACCAAAGACACGGACGACGACGACGACUUCCUGGCGGAGGAGGAAGGCUUCUGGAUAGGCGUGGGCGGGACGGUGGGCGGCCUCGCGGGCGGGUUGGGCGUGCUCCUGAUCCUCGGGACGCUGAUCGUGGUGGCGGUUCAGUCUCGUCUGAGGAGGAGGGGGCCGGAGGGGGGAGGACCCACUGCCCCAGCACCCUCUCGACGCCCAUUCGGUGGCUUCCAGCGCGCACCUCGAGUCUCACACGCCCAUGGAUACUCGACCUUCAGACUCCACAGGGCGCCGUCGGUCAUAGCAGAGGAUGUGGGGCCAAGUGAGGUCAACUGA